AUGGCCGAAAUUGAUAAUAUUAUUAAACAAGCUAGACUCGCUUUAUCCGAGAACAAUCCCAAGAAGUCAUUAAAAUUACUGAAGCCAUAUAAGAAGUCAUUGCAGGCAGAAAAUUCGACUAAUAUUGCAUUACAACAGGUAUUUGCCGAUUCUUAUCUUGAGAACGGUCAGCUAGAGAAAGCUUAUCCAAUUUUAGUUCAUAAUUGCGAAAUUGAUCCCGAAGGUUUGCAAGGAGGGUCUGAUAAAUUCUUCACAUUAGGCCAGGUGGUGGGAGGAAAAGAUGGUAUCCAAAUCUUAGCACAAGGUAUCGAGAAUAUAUCUAAUCAGGCUGGUGAGAACCUUAAUCAAGAACAAAUGACAAAAAUCAUAAGCGGGUUACUAUCGAUGAUCGAGAUUUGGAUGACUGACCUGUGUAUGGAGCCUAAUGCUGAAAGCGAAUGUGAAAACCUGAUUAACAAGGCUAUGGAAAUUUCAGAAAAUACGUCUCCUGAGGCAUGGUCUACUUUGGGUUCUAUCAGGAUAUCACAACAAAGAUUCGAAGAUGCCUGUGGCGCCUUCAGACAAUCCUGGAAGUUUUUUGAAGAAAGAAAGAAUGAAAUCAGUAAAAUUGCAUCAGAAAGUAAUACUCAAGAAGGUUCAUAUGACGAAUUUGUCGAUAUGCUCCAACCAUUACUUUCUUUGGCCAAAAUGUGUGUUGAGGUUGGUCUAUAUGAUAUCGCACUCAAGGUUGAGAAUGCUAUUAAAGAAGUUGAUGAGGACAACAUGGAAGGUUAUUAUUUGGAAGGUUUUACAAAUUAUUUAGUGGCUAAAGUCGAAACGUUCAAAGAAUCUAAUCCAAAUGUUGAACUAACGCCAGAAAAUAUCUUUGAAUUUAACCAGCAUAUACAAGAAUUGCCAUUAGAUUUAGGAAACACAAAUAUACAUGACAAUAUUCAGGAUGCACGUAUUGCCUUAAGUUUUGCAGCAAAGUUAGGUGAGACCGUCGAUUCAUCGGACGAAAUAGCAAAGGAAAUUUAUACAGGCACUUUGGCUUUACUAAAUGAGAUUGGUGGACCGAUUGACAACUCAGAAUUACAAAAGCUCAAAAAGGGUGAGCUACUUGAUGAUGAAUUAGAUGAAGAGGUUGAUUUGGAUGAUAUCUCAGGAGGUGAUGAUUAA